UCUGGGGGUCACCGCUGCCCCCACGCUGAGAGGCGGGCGGGGGUGACUACGGGAGCCGGCGCGGCCCAGCAGCGGCGGGGCGGCGUUUCCCGGCGUGCCCCGCGGCGGAUUGUACACAAUCAUCAUGGCCGCCGCCGCUGCCGCCGCUGAUGGUGCCGAGGAGCCGGGCAUGGAGGCGGAGGCGCAGGAGCUGCCGCUGGACUGCGGCGGGGCGGGCGGCUCGCCGGCGGCGGGGCGGUCUCCGGACGGCGAGGAGCGCCGGGAGCCCCCGCAGGCGUCUGUCAGCAACGGCGGCGACGAGGACGGCGGCAGGGAGCUGGUGGAGCUGAAGGUGAUCUGGAACAAGAACAAGUACGACGUGAAGUUCUGCCUGGACAGCACGGGAGCCGAGCUCAAGCAGAAGAUCCACUCGCUCACAGGCCUCCCGCCCGCCAUGCAGAAGGUCAUGUUCAAGGGACUGCUGCCCGAGGAGAAAACCUUGCGGGAAAUCAAAGUAACGAACGGAGCGAAGAUAAUGGUUGUGGGCUCUACCAUCAACGAUGUGUUAGCAGUAAAUACACCCAAAGAGGCUGCUCAACAGGACGUCAAAGCUGAGGAAAACAAAAAGGAGCCACUUUGCAGACAAAAGCAACACAGAAAAGUGUUGGACAAAGGAAAACCUGACGACGUGAUGCCUUCUGUCAAAGGCGUGCAGGAGCGGCUGCCCACGGUGCCGCUGUCCGGCAUGUACAACAAGUCAGGGGGCAAAGUCAGGCUGACCUUCAAACUCGAGCAAGACCAGCUCUGGAUUGGUACAAAAGAGAGAACAGAAAAGUUACCCAUGGGGUCCAUUAAAAAUGUGGUGAGUGAACCUAUUGAAGGCCAUGAGGAUUAUCACAUGAUGGCAUUUCAGCUGGGCCCAACAGAAGCAUCUUACUACUGGGUCUAUUGGGUCCCAACUCAGUAUGUCGAUGCAAUCAAAGACACGGUGCUGGGGAAGUGGCAGUAUUUUUGAAAGCACGCUCACCUCUGGCACGGGAAAAUGACACAAAUCUAAGGACACUGCUGGGAGAGGCCUCCAACAUCCCUGGAUGUGACAGUCCUGGAACUUAUUAUUAAAACAUGCUAAACGAGGCAUGGAUGGAAGCCAGAGGUGAUGUUCUUUCACCAUUAGUUUACUUUUAACUUAAAGAUUUCACCAUCCCUUUUCUGCAGUCAGCUUCAACCAUAUUUAAAGCAAAUACAAUGGAAAUCAAUAAAUCUGAAUUCACAAAA